GGAACAUGUGGACUUGAUGGACGUGAGUCAAAAUGCUAAAUAUUUGCUGUUCAACCCGUCAACACGACGAAUCGAUGAGUUGCAAUUUAUUCAAAAUUAAUCACUAUAAUGAGCUUGGUAACGACAUUUGGAUUAUUAUGUUAAGCCCACCGAUAAUAGUGCAGAGAGAUCGGAGAUACGAAAUAAAUCAUUUUCCGAUCAGAAAAGGUAAAAAAACAUUAUGGACGUUUCACAGACAGAUAUCAAAGCAGAGCACAUUAGUGAUUUAUUGUGAUAAGCAAGCGAGGCGGUUGUAUUUUUCCAAGUUGAUAUAUUUCAAUCAAACCGAACCGUCCCAAACAAUGAUUAGUAGAAAAAACCCACUCUUUAUACCGUCCACUGAUGGUCAAUAA